AUGUUUUCUUCAAACGAUAUCCGUGUAGUGGUUUCUAUAGAUUUUGGUAGCACUUAUUCGGGAUAUGCAUAUUCAAAUAAAACACAUCCACAAAUCAUUACAAAUUCUGCAUGGCCAGGUUUAAUUGGAAAAUUCAAGAUUAAUACAGUAUUGCAAUAUGAUGAAAAUUUUAAAAAUGUUAAAUAUUGGGGACACCAAGCUUUAUCAAAGAAACCAUCUGGCAACAACACAAUUGAUGAUAAUAGUGAUAGCAAAGAUGAAGAUCAAAUAGUUGAAUUAUUUAAAUUACAUUUAAGUGAAAAGAUACCAGUAGAAGAACAACCUAAAUUACCAGAUGGGUUAGAUUCCACUAAAGCAAUCACUGAUUAUCUUCAUAUCAUUGGUAGUUGGCCUGGUAUAAAUUUCAAGAAAAAUGUAUUAUUGAUUCUCACCGUUCCAUCUGAAUGGUCUGAACAAGCAAAGCAUACAAUGAGAAAGUGUGCUUAUGAUGCAAAAUUAACAAACAUUAAAAGUUCUUCGCAUUUACAAAUUAUCACUGAACCUGAAGCUGCAGCGAUAUAUUGUAGGAAAUUAAUGAGAAAGAAAUUUUUUAGAAUUACUGGAAAAAAAUAUUUAAUUGUUGAUUGUGGUGGAGGUACAGUUGAUUUGACCAUGCGUCAAUUAUUACCAAAAAAUCGACUUGGAGAAGUUACAGAAUGUUCUGGAGAUUUGUGUGGUGGAUCGUUUGUUGAUUUGGAAUUUGUUAAAUAUAUUGGUAGAAAGGUUGGUGUCAAUGCAAUAAAAUCAUUAAAAGAAAAAAAGUAUGGACAAUAUCAAUAUAUGAUUCAAAGAUUUUGUGACAACGUCAAGUUUAAAUUUGAUGGUGGAGAUGAGGAUGUUGAAUAUGAUUUUGAUAUUGAAGAAAUUUGUCCUGCACUUAAGGAUUAUAUAGCUGACUCACAAAAGGAUCAAUUGAAAGAAGAUGAAUGGCUUAUCAACUUAGAUUAUGAAACUAUCAAAUCAUUUUUUGAUCCUGUCAUUGGCAGGAUAAUUAGAUUGAUACGCAGUCAAUUAGAGGCAAGCAAUGGUGAUUGUUCAGCAAUAUUUUUGGUUGGUGGAUUUAGUGAAUCACUUUACUUAAAAAAAAGAAUUAAAGAAGAAUUUAAAAAGAAACAAUAUGUUUCUAUUGUUUCGGUACCCUCUGAGCCAGCAUGUGCCAUUGUGAGAGGAGCAGUCGAGUAUGGGUUGAAUAAAGAUGUGAUAAAGAAUAGGGUGUUGAAAUAUAAUUAUGGGAUAGUUGUUAAAAAACCUUGGACUUGUGAGUUUCCGGUUGCAAGGCGUGAAGAAUGUGGAAACGUAAGAUUAAUGCGUUGGAUGGCUACUAAAGGUCAACAAGUUAAAGUUGGUCAGAAAUUUUCUACAUAUUUUAGAAUGUCCCAUGAAUAUCAAACACAUGUAAUUGUGGAUUUGUAUAUAUCAGAUAAUAUUACAACAUAUAGUGAUGAGCCUGGUGUUUACAAGUUGGGAAAAUUUACAGUAGAAGUGCCUGAUGUUCAUUUAGGAAAAAAUAGACGUACCGAAUAUGAACUUUGUUUUGAUCAAGAUGAAAUUACUGCAACUACUAAGACUCAUAAUGGUAACUCGAUAAGUCGGUCGUGA